AUGGCCUCCAACCCUCCCGCGCAGUGCUGCACCGUCGGUGUCAAGCAUGAAGGCGAGCCCACCGGCACCACAAUCAAGGUCGGCCAGUACGACGCCUAUGUCGCCGAGCCUAAGGGCAAGAAGCACGAGGGCGCCGCACUGCUGUACGUCCCGGAUGUCUUUGGCAUCUGGCAGAACUCUCAGCUGAUGGCCGACCAAUUCGCCGCCAACGGCUACUACACCAUCAUCGUCGACAUCUUCAACGGCGACGCCCUCUCGCUCGAGCGUCCCAAGGAUUUCGACCUCAAGAAGUGGCUCACCCAGGGUUCCGACGGCAAGAACCCCCACACCAAGGAGGCCGUCGACCCUAUCGUGGAGCUGUCCCUGAAGUACCUCAAGGAGCAAGGCUUCACCAAGGUCGGUGCGGUGGGCUACUGCUUCGGUGCCAAGUACGUGGUCCGCCACUACAAGGACGGCAUCAAGGUCGGCUACGUCGCCCACCCGUCCUUUGUCGAUGAGGACGAGCUGGCAGCCAUCACCGGUCCUCUGUCCAUCGCCGCCGCCGAGACCGAUGAGAUCUUUCCUACCGAGAAGCGCCACAAGUCCGAGGAGAUCCUGGCCAAGGUUGGCCAACCCUACCAGAUCAACCUCUACAGCGGUGUCGUCCACGGCUUCUCGGUCCGCUGCGACACGUCCAAGAAGAUUGAGCGAUGGUCCAAGGAGCAGGCCUUCCUGCAGGCCGUUGCAUGGUUCGAUGAGCACCUCCUUUGA